UCGGGCCCCGCGACCAUGGAUCCGGGCGGCGGCGGCGGCGGAGGCGGCGCAGGCGGCGGCGGCAGCAGCAGCAGCGACUCGGCGCCCGACUGCUGGGACCAGGCGGACAUGGACGCGGCGGCCGCGGGCCCCGAGGCGCCCCGGGAGCCCCUGAGCGCGGCCUUCAGCCGCCAGCUCAACGUCAACGCCAAGCCCUUCGUGCCCAACGUCCACGCCGCCGAGUUCGUGCCCGCCUUCCUGCGCGCCGCCCCGCAGCACCCCCCGGCGGCCGCGGCCAGCGGCGAGGCCGGCCCCGCGGCAUCCGGGGACCCUUCUCAAGAGGAGCCGUCAUUGUGUGAAGGUUCAAAUUCAGCUGUUAGCAUGGAGCUUUCAGAACCUGUUGAAAAUGGAGAGACAGAAAUGUCCCCAGAAGAAUCAUGGGAACAUAAAGAAGAAAUCAGUGAAGUGGAGCCGAGAAGCGGUGGUUCCUCGGGAGAUGCAAGACCACCGGAGGAAAAUGCCCAAGAAAUGAUGGAGGAGGAAGAGGAGAUUCCCAAACCCAAAUCUGUGGUCGCCCCGCCAGGUGCCCCAAAAAAGGAGCAUGUAAACGUGGUCUUCAUCGGUCAUGUUGAUGCUGGCAAGUCUACCAUUGGAGGACAGAUAAUGUAUUUGACUGGAAUGGUUGAUAAAAGGACACUUGAGAAAUAUGAAAGAGAAGCUAAAGAGAAGAACAGAGAAACUUGGUACUUGUCUUGGGCCUUAGAUACAAACCAAGAAGAAAGAGACAAGGGUAAAACAGUAGAAGUUGGUCGCGCCUAUUUUGAGACAGAAAAGAAGCAUUUCACAAUUCUAGAUGCCCCUGGCCACAAGAGCUUUGUCCCCAACAUGAUUGGCGGUGCAUCCCAGGCAGAUUUGGCGGUGCUGGUCAUUUCUGCUCGGAAAGGGGAGUUUGAAACUGGAUUUGAGAAAGGAGGGCAGACGAGAGAACACGCCAUGCUGGCGAAGACGGCGGGGGUCAAGCACCUCAUCGUGCUCAUCAACAAGAUGGACGACCCCACUGUGAAUUGGAGCAAUGAGAGAUAUGAAGAGUGUAAAGAGAAACUCGUGCCAUUUUUGAAGAAAGUCGGCUUCAACCCCAAAAAGGAUAUACACUUCAUGCCGUGCUCGGGGCUGACGGGAGCAAACCUGAAGGAGCAGUCCGAUUUCUGUCCCUGGUACAGUGGGUUACCGUUUAUUCCGUAUCUUGAUAACUUGCCAAACUUCAACAGAUCAGUUGAUGGACCAAUCAGGCUGCCAAUUGUGGAUAAGUACAAGGAUAUGGGCACUGUGGUUUUGGGGAAGCUCGAAUCCGGAUCUAUUUGUAAAGGCCAGCAGCUUGUCAUGAUGCCAAACAAGCACAACGUCGAAGUUCUUGGAAUUCUUUCCGACGAUGUAGAAACUGACUCAGUAGCCCCUGGCGAAAACCUCAAGAUCAGGCUGAAAGGAAUCGAGGAGGAGGAGAUUCUUCCAGGCUUCAUACUUUGUGACCCCAAUAACCUCUGUCACUCUGGGCGCACGUUUGAUGCACAGAUAGUGAUCAUAGAGCACAAGUCCAUCAUCUGCCCAGGCUACAAUGCCGUGCUGCACAUUCACACCUGCAUCGAGGAAGUCGAGAUCACAGCCUUAAUCUGCUUGGUAGACAAAAAGUCAGGAGAAAAGAGCAAGACUCGACCUCGUUUUGUGAAGCAAGAUCAAGUGUGCAUCGCGCGUUUAAGGACAGCUGGGACCAUCUGCCUUGAGACCUUCAAGGAUUUCCCUCAGAUGGGGCGCUUCACCCUAAGAGAUGAGGGUAAGACCAUUGCGAUUGGAAAAGUUCUGAAACUGGUUCCAGAGAAAGACUAAGUAUUUUCUCGGUGACCCUGCACAAUACUGUGAGGAAAACUGACUGCAAAUGCCGACUUGACACGCCUUCUCUUACUUUUUGCCCAUUGACAAACCUCUCCCCAUAUUUUGCAAAGAGAAAAUUCACAGCAAAAGUCCACAUUAUGUCAGCUUUCUCAUAUUGAGAGCUUUGCUAUGCCACUGUUGAAGUUUCCCCGAGAUUUUUCCCCCCUACUCUAUCCCCUCCAAUUCUGCUUCCUUGGACAGAUUUGGCCAUAGCUUAGUGAGUGAUGUGGAAGAAUUGCCUCUAAUAAUGAAACCCUACUGGAAUUUUUUUAUUUUCCAUUUCCCUUUAGGCAUCCUCCUCUUUCCCCCCUGGGAGAUCAUUCAGUGUGCGUGCAUAUGUUUCAGAGGACUACAUGUUAAUAAAAUAUUCAAUUUGAAACCCUU